GUUGCUGUUGCUGCUGCUGCAGCUGGUUUUCUAGUUCAUAUCUACAAAGCAUCACGGCCGCCAACUAACAUUUACUCGUCGCUUCACUAUUUCGCCACAGCUGAACGCUGACGAAAUAUGAGCGCAACGGCCAGUCGAACGGUUGGCCGACGGAACGGCGUAGCCAAUAGUUAGUCAGGACGGUGAGCCAGUCAGCUUGUCAGAGAACUAGUUACCAUGGCGUGCGAGGAGAAUGUUGCGAAGAAAACUUAACAAACUGAGAAAAAAUGAGGAAAAUGUAAAAUAAGAAAAUAAUAAAAAGUCAAAGUGGGCACACGACUGUAACAAGCGAGAGGAAAAUUAGGUCAACAAAACAACGCGCUCUGCUUUCGAGCGCCAGCGCCACCAAUCACCGCUGGGAGGCCAGCGCUUUUGACGAGGGCCAGCGGAGAGAUUUUCUCGCUGGCAAAGCACGUUGUGCCGCUGGCAGAGCGCUUUUGCAGUACGUUGGUACGAGAUUGAGCACACGCGGCGACUGUGAUAAAUGGCGGAAACUAUAAGUGCAGCCGCCGGUAUGGAGUUGACAUUAAAGGAUAGCGGGAUAAUUGAUAUGACGCCAGGGAGUUUGUUGCAACACAAUGCUUUGGUCAAGCAUACACAUGCACUACGUAGCUUGAAGGAAUGCAGCCCGGAUGAGCAGCCAGUUGCCUUGGAUAGUACGGCACGCGCAAAUAGUACCUCGCCAACGAAUUACUCCACAUCCACAACUACGCCGAAUCCGCCCGCUAUGGCGACGUUUCGCUGCGAACGUUGCGAGCAUUUCGAGACCACGUCUAGAGCAUCGCUACUAUUACAUGUCGUCCAGUGUUUGUCUAAUCAUGCGCGCCUCAAAACCGAAGAGCCGGAAUUGGAGAAUCUAAGUGUUGUUGGUUCCGUGGUGCCUCAUGCAGAGCAAAAUGCUGGCAACAGCACCGAUGUCACAAAAUUGGUACCGGAUACGGCAACACCAAAUCAUGUACCUACAAAUAUGUCCGUGGUCGCAACCAAUGGCAAUGCCAGCAGUCCAACUGCAUCGUCGUCUUCGUCAUCCUCAUCCCGAAAAGUUUUCGAAUGUGAUGUCUGCAAUAUGAAAUUUUCAAAUGGCGCCAAUAUGAGACGGCACAAGAUGCGCCACACCGGUGUCAAGCCUUACGAAUGUCGUGUUUGUCAAAAGAGAUUUUUCCGCAAAGAUCAUUUGGCGGAACACUUUACAACGCACACAAAAACUCUUCCAUACCACUGUCCCAUAUGUAACCGCGGCUUCCAGCGCCAAAUCGCUAUGCGCGCUCAUUUCCAAAACGAACAUGUCGGCCAACACGACCUCGUUAAAACAUGUCCAUUGUGCAGCUAUAGAGCAGGUUCUAUGAAAUCGCUAAGGAUUCACUUUUUCAACAGACAUGGCAUAGAUCUUGAUAAUCCCGGACCGGGUGGCUCCUCAUCACUACUGCUCGCCUUGGAGUCUCAGGCAUCACAGGUAGCAGCUGCUGCAGCCGCUGCCAGUUUCGUGCCGGGUCUGAAUGCUGUGGCUGCUGCUGCUGCUGCGGCAAACCAGAAUGCCAACUCGAGCAUGACGUCGACCCAUCAGAGCGAUAGCGGCGAAUCGAUGCGUUCACUGGAGAAUGCCACACCGCCCAUGCACUUUUUGACACCGCAUGUGGAAAUUUCAACGCUGUCCGACAAUGGAACCGAUUUGUUCAAUGUAACAUGGAAUGCGUUGCUAAAUUGCAAAUUGGGGAAAUCCACUGAUGCGGCGUUUUUAUGUGCAUUUGAUUUGCAGGGGAACGGCAAUACCGCAACCGGAGUGGAGCCGAUGGAGACGAAGAGCAGCGGUCGAGGCGAGCGCGAGGCAAUCGUUGGAAAUAAGUCGCCGGCGCCACCACCACUUCAAGAACAUCCGAUGGAUUGUAAUACCAAAUCGUUGCCUUCAAGCACCAGUCAUGUCGGUGUGCAGUUGAAUGCUUGCCCAUCACCAAAAAUCCAUCAUCACGAGAACCACAUCACACCAUCCAUCAGUUUGAUACCAAUCAAGCAGGCGAGUGAACCAGUAGGGGAGGAUUUAUCAACGGAUGCUAAUAAGAGCGGCACAAAAAUCAGCCCAAUCACACAAUGCGAACAAAUGAACGGCGGUGACAGCAGUGAAUCGGAAUUCUCGUCUCCGAACGGUCGAUUAACUUCGCUGAUUAAGGUAUCCCCGCUGAAGUCCUUGUUAAGGGAGGAUCUCAAACGACGCAUUUGCGCCAAGGCCAAUAAUCGCAUCACCCGCAACGCGGCCGUAUUGGAUAACAACAAUGUCGUGCAAACUGGCGGCGUCGCUGGCACCACAAGCAACAACUCCUCCUGCAACUCUACACCCAUUUGCAACGGUACGAUCACCUCAACCGGCCAAGAGACCGAACCGAAUAUACUAAACCGCAAGCAAAUACUAACAUGCCUGUUCUGUGGCAUCGAGUUUCCGGACGAAACGCUCUACUUCCUGCACAAGGGUUGCCAUUGCGAGAGCAAUCCGUGGAAGUGCAACAUCUGUGGCGAACAGUGCAACAACGUCUACGAAUUCAAUUCGCAUUUGUUGAGCAAGAGCCACCAAUAGCAACCAAUCAGCCUUAGCAUCACGGCCAACAACAACAAUCAAAAGUAGAUAGCUACAAGCAUGACGGCACUUCGGAGAGCGAUAUCUUUUGUGCGCAAAAGACAUUCAAUGAUGUGUUCGUUAAACGAACUCUUCAUAGUGAGACCACUAAUCUACAGCUAGAAGCAUUGUUAAUUGGGGAAAGCUACGAAAGUAUGCACAUGUAAAUAUAGAAGAGGGAGUUAAGUGAGUUUGUUUUGGAAAACCAGGGAAGCAGCCAGCUGUAUAACAGUGUGUAUAACAGGAACAAGCCAGAGGCGGAAACUUAAGUCAAGAGAUGCAAAAGUGUGUGAUAGUCGAUUGUAACUGAAAGCAAGAACAAAUCAAAAACAAAAUAGUACAUUUACCGAAAAACUUAUGCAAAUUUAAAUUUAACGUACAACUUUCUUAAUUACCAAUAUAUGAGUAAGUUAGAUAAUGACGAGUAUUCGUCGAAACAAAUCGUUAAUCCUUUGCGCACGCGUAGAAGCAGUCAAAUCGAGAGAGCAUGCUGUGAAUGCAGUUGAAAAUAGAGAAACUACCAAAACACAUGACACCUUCAAUAGGCAAACACUUUUUUAGAAAUGCAUUUAGAGCUUUAUCCGCCUCAAAUUGAGCAAAUGAUGUUAUUAAAUAAGUAUAUAUAUAUACAUAUAUAUUAAUAUAAAAAUAGCGAAGAGCAUUAGGAAAGCCAAUGGUAGCUUUUGAUGGCAUGAGGGAUAUUUUUUUAGCACGUGACAGGCCACAGAGAGAAAACGCCGAAUUUUAAUAAAUUUAAAAUUUUAAUAAAAUCAUAAAAGCAAUAAGUAAAACAUGAAGAAAGGCAUUUACAUACAUAUAUGAAUAUAGAUAUGUACAGUGUGCUUGUCGCGUGCUAUGAAAAAUGUCCAACAGCCUGCGAGGAGUCACUCAAUAAUUUAACUAUUAGUGCUGGUCAAAUUUGCAAUGUACCUUCAACGUAUGUAUGUAAUUUUAAAUGAAUUGUUAUAAAAACAUAUAUUAGCUAUAAGUAAUCGAAAAUUAUACACAUUAAUUAGAAUGUAGUUGCAUAUACUCGUAUGUAAAAAAAAAACCUAAUUCCAAUAGCGACGAACUAUAGUUAAUUAAUUAAUAAUAAAUAAUUUUUAAAUAUUUGUUUGACCAAAAAAAAAAAAAAAACAAACAAAAAACGCAAAACCACUUUUGGUGAAUUCACAUAUAAAGUGUUUAGAAUUGUUAACAACGUGACCAAAUGUUUCAAAAAAUCAAAAAAUUCAUGCCGAAAUGUGCAAAAUCAAACCAUUUAAUGUGUGAGUAGGUUCGAAAUGUGCUGUGCGCAAGGGAAACACUGUCUGAAGUAGAAGAAAUACACAAUAAUACAAUUACACUGUACAAUACGCGGCUGGGUAAUGGACCAAACUAAUUUUUUCCGGGAGAUUGAGACAUAAGUAAAAAAGUACAUUCUCCGAUUUUCGAAGUUAGCCACCAAAAUCGAAAUAUUUGGUUUCGAAGUUCGAAAAAAAGCUUAUUUAAAAUAAUUAUUAUUAAUUACAGGAUAUAAUUACUAGAAAAACCAAAAUAUGCAUAUAAUUUACAUUGUCCUCUUGAUUUAAUUGUGUAUAAUUUUUUGGCUCAAGCUUAUAUAACAGAUGGUAUGAAGAGCUAAAUUUAGAUUUUCGAAAAAAAUUAAAAAGUAUAUAAGGAAAAAAAAACAUUUAUAUAUAAAAAAAAUUUGUUUGGUCAGAUACCCAGAAAAAAAUCGAUUUGGCCGCACAAUGUUAUAUAUUCAGUUGUAGUUAAAGUUUACUUUUAGUUUUAUAUUUUGAAAAUAAUUUUUUGCAUUUCGCAGUAUGUUGCAUUUAUUGUUGAAAAACAGUUGGGAUAGCUCUACGUUGUCAGUAUGCAGUUACAAAAUGGUCGUUGACAGUACAUACGAUCUUUUAACAGUCUGAUUACUUGCUUUCAAAUCAUAUAAAAAAUCUGGUUAUAGCAAAAGUUCAAAAAUUAAUCAACACUAGAAGUAACUGCAGAAAUAACUAUAUAUUACACAAAUUUCUUAGUAAUAACUCGAUACCCCCUUUGAAUUUUUUAUAAAAUCAUUUUCUGGAGUCUUCACUCAAAAUCAGUGUAUAUUCAAAGUAACUGCCUGUUGAUUUUUCUCUCGUGUUUUCGUUAGUAAUCAUUAUUAAUUCUAUCCAAAAUGAACCAUUUUUUGAGAGAAAUGCCUGUUCAAAAAUGGCGAUUAUAAAUAAGUUACUCAUACGCCAUGACAAUCGGCCAUAGAAAUAUUUAAAACAUGCUGAAGGCAUUGAUCUGCCCUUUACAAAUGAACAGUGUAUUAAAAUUUACUACAACAAAAACAAGAAAGAAGUCGUGCAGGUUGAAACAGUUAGAUUUUUUUUAGCAGACUCACACAAACAUACAUACAUACCUACACAUUAAACUGUUUGAAUAUGCGAAUAUUUUCGGUGUUCAACUGUAAUUGGCGAAAUUGAGCUAAAAGUCAACAAAUCAAAAUGAGCAAUAUUUUUAUAUUCGAAGCUACGUAGAUACCUACCUUCUUCUUUAAUUAAGUACACAAAUACCCAAAAAUAUAUAAAAACAUAUACAAGUACAUACAUAUAUACAAAGGUAAAUAAGCAGCUGUGUGUGUGCUAAACCUAAAUGCAAGCGUGUAACUGAAUUAGUGUGGCAAAGAAGCUUGUGGCUCAGACAAAUAUUUCUUAUAUUUAUCAAUUGGCUUAAGCAGCUUUGCACAUACUAGGCGGUUACAAUUACAACGCAUGCAGAAAAGUUAGUUUACAUUUUGCUUAAAGGCUCAGCAAUUGCUAUGACAACCACUAAGCUGUUGAAAUGGGCACCGCUGAUACUUUAAGCGACAUCAGUGCACUGAUUUGUACAACCAACACAUGCACACGCAAACACACACACAGACAAAGAGCAUGCUGGGAGUGUAGCAGACAUUAGUUGAAUAAGGGGAUCCCCACUGUUAACCAAAUUCACACAGAAACCUAAAAACACACCCAGAAAUCGGGUAUAAAAUGAAAUGAAAUGAAAAAAGAAACGCAAAAGAGAAAUAAGAAAUAUGUAUAACAAAUGGAGAAACUUGCAAAAAUUAUUAAAAUAUUAUUAAAUCGUAUAGGCAAAUUUGUAAAUUGUGAGCGGGUAACCUUAGGUAUUUUAUUAGCAAUAUUGCACCAUUGAAUGGCCUUAGAGAAAGGCUUUAAAUUGUUACGUUUUCAGAGUUUAACAAAACAAACAAGAUUAUAUAUAUAUAUAAAUAAUAUAUUAUGCAUUGCAGCAGAUUAUAUAUUAUUAUUAGAGAAUAUCCAUAGUAAACUUACAAUUAAACUAGACGAGUGGUAGUACAUAAAACACACACAUAUACAUACAUAUAUACACUUGAAAAUACAAGGUAAACACACAUACAUAAAUCUCCAAUCAAAUGCAAAUGCAAAAGAAAGAAAAAAAAACAUGAAGAAAAAAAAAAACACAUAUAAACGAAACUUAGCGAAUAUAUGCUGAUGUUUUUAGUGCGAUCAAAGUAACACGAAAUAAUAUAAUUAACAUUUAAUAAUGUUAAUAAUGUCAAUACGUAAGAACGUAUGUAGUUGUUAUGAGUCAAGUUUGGCAUUACAUCCGUCCAAGGGUUCAUUGCUAUGCGCUGCGGACCCACAGUCCACGACGUCGACGCACGGUGCAGCCGGAGCCGUUUUCCGGUGCUCGCUACUCGUCGAACCCACAAUAUGCGAACUUGCUUUCCAAAUCAAAUCCUUGACACGUUCACACACACGUACAUACAAAAAUAUGUACCUUAUGUAUGUUUCUAUUUAGUGUUCAAUUCGCUUUGUUGUUGGUUAAAUUACUUUGUUGUAUUUGUUGAACGCAUAGCAUAUACUUAUAUAUAUAAGAAUUAUGUGCAAUGUGCAAAUGUCAUGAACAAAAUUGUUAAACUUUUUUAUAAUUUUUCGUACCAAAAAACACACACACACACACACAGACACUAAGCACGUACCGCAAGCACGCAACUCAGUAAUGAAUAUUUUUCGUAUUUUUUACACGUACAUACAUACAUAUAUACAUAUAAAUAUAUACUAGGGAAUUGUAAUAUAAAUUGUUGUGUUCAAUUAUUAUUUAAUUACUUAUCAUUACAUUCAAUAACUAUUAACUACAUACAUACAUACAACCAUGCAAUAAUGUGAAAAACAUACAUACAUAUAAAUGAGUAAAUGAAUAACGGUUUACGUUUAGUAAUACUUAAAACGUAAUUGUAACAAAAC